CAAUUUCAACUGCCGUAAGGGAGAUACGCGGUCCUGAAUUCUCCCAAUAAAAGGGGCGGCCGCUAGGUUUUCCAUCUCAAACGAGUUCUUCUCUUCAUCAAAUCGUCAUAGCCAUUUCUAUAUUUUCAAUCUAUCGAUCGUUUCUUUUCUCUCUCUAAUCCCUGUUCUUAGAUUUUAGCGGUUGAAUUCGGAUCUCGGUUUGAAAUUUUGGCGUUGAUUUAGGUGAGUGGGUGAUCGGUGUGGUGUGAAUUGAAUUGGGGGGAAUUCUUUUUGGAGUUCUGUGAAUUUUGAUUUGGUUGAAGGGGGAUUAUUGAUUGAGUUAUUUAAUUUGUUUGUUCGAUUGGGGAAUUUGGCGAUUAGGGUUUUGGGUUCGUGAUAUGUGAAAGGAGUUUUUUCGUGUGAAGAUGCCAGCUACUGAUUAUCAGGGUUCAUCGGCUGCUUGGGGUGUUCGGCGAGAUCAGCUUUACGCUAUGACUGAUUCUCCGACGUCUCAUGAACAUGAUCUUGACGGGUUUCAGAGGCAAGUUGCUGAUCGGUUCUUAGAGCUUGCGUCGGUUGGUGCUGAUGAUUUGCUUUCCUUGUCUUGGGUUCAGAAGCUUUUGGAUUCGUUUUUGUGCUGUCAGGAGGAGUUUAAGCUCAUUCUCGACAGCCAAAAAUCUCUAAUCUCUAAAGCUCCAUUGGAUCGAUUGGUUGCUGAUUAUUCGGAGCGUAGCGUUAAGGCGCUUGAUGUGUGUAAUGCCAUUCGUGAUGGGGUUGAGCAGCUGCGGCAGUGGCAGAAGCUCUUGGAGAUUGUUGUCAGUGCGUUGGACAAUUGUAAUCACCAGAAAACUCUUGGGGAGGGCCAAUUUCGUCGGGCUAAGAAGGCCCUCACCGAUUUGGCUAUCUGUAUGCUUGAUGAGAAAGAUUCGCAUACCUCUUUCCUUGCCCACCGCAACCGUUCUUUCGGACGGAACAAUGUCACGAAAGAUUCACGGUCUUUGGGCCACUUUCGAUCUCUGUCAUGGAGCGUUUCGCGGUCGUGGUCGGCAGCACGGCAGCUACAAUCGAUUGGUAACAAUUUGGCGGCCCCUAAAGCGACUGAGCUUUUGGCUACUAAUGGGCUUGCAGUUCCUAUUUUCACCAUGAACAUGGUGUUAUUGUUUGUAAUGUGGGCGCUGGUAGCGGCUAUUCCUUGCCAGGAUCGGGGUUUGCAGGUUCAUUUCUCGUUGCCUCGGAGUUUCCCAUGGGCGGCUCCAAUCCUUCAACUCCAUGAUCGAAUUGUGGAGGAGUCCAGGAAGAGAGAUCGAAGGAAUUCCUGUGGGCUGUUGAAGGAGAUUCAUCAGAUCGAAAAGUGCACGCGUCUCAUGAAUGAUUUGGCGGAUGCAGCUCAGUUCCCGUUGGCUGAGGAGAAAGAAGCAGAGCUGAGACAGAGAGUGCAAGAGCUAACCGGGGUUUGUAAUACUCUGAGGACUGGAUUGGACUCAAUGGAGCGGCAGGUGAGGGAGGUUUUUCACAGGAUUGUUCGCAGCAGGACUGAAGGGCUAGACUCUUUGGGACGAGCUAACCACUCUGAAUAGAAUCGUUGGAGUUUCAGAAACAUGUUCUACUUGGGUUUUCAUGGUUUCUAGGAAUAAGAGAAAGAACAGAGGAUGGAAAUAUGAAGACGAGAGUGACGAUUAUGAAAUGGUGAGGGGACUCUGUAUUUAUUUACUCAUAGCAUAUAUUGUGUAAAGAAAUUUGGAUUUGAAAACAUUGGCAUGGAUCUUCUCCAUCGACGUCGUGGUAAUGUCAUAUUUAUCAGCCCAUGGCUGACAUGUAUCGUUCAUUGUUACACAGUUGUCUGUUGAUCCAUGUUUUAUACGAACUCUACUGCAAAAGAUGACAUUAUUGUCAAAAUUUUCAUUUGUUUCUGUCAAUUUAGACA